GGCAGCUCUCCAUUUCUCACCCUUUCUGAGAAAAUGACAGGAAGUAUAAUAGGAAGUGAAGUACAUGUGUCUCAUUGCGUUGUCGCCCUGCCUCUGCAGGCAUUAAGAGCAAUAUCAUAUCGCGCUUUUUUAGACUCUAGAAAGGGCUUCUCCGAGUGUGAAUGAGCGCGCUUGUUUAAGGGAAGGAAGCAGAUACCACGAGCCACAAGUCAUGCUUGUGUCGAUGCGAAGAAGUGUGUGAUCUUGUGUGAAGCCAUGACAGGAGCUGCACUGAUCAAACUCCUCAUCCUUGUGAUCCUCGCCUUCAUCAUCUGCCUCCCAGAAUUCUUCACAUUGUCUCGAGUGUCAAAAGUGAACUUCCUCUGCCUGCCGUACCGACCCUGUGAGCGAGGGAAUCAGGUGAAGAAGGGGCAAAAUGGGAAGGUUGGGGAAGCUGAAAUUAGGAAAAAGGAUAUCUGUAAGCCUUCACAGACUCCAGAAGGUGAUAGGUGGGAGCAGGACUGCACACAAGACCAUCAAAGCAACAUGACAGAUCCCGAGUUAGACUCCAGGAGAGGCGGCGACGGCCCAGAAAAGAGCUGGUUCAUCUGUGAAACAGAUCUGGACAUGGCAGAAUUACAUAGCAACAUCUCAUCUUCAGCUCUAAAAGUAAACGUCGAGGUGUCGGUGGAACUUCAACUACGAGAUGCACAGACCCUAAAUCUCACGUUGUAUGGCCACAGUAAUCACAGCUCCUUACAUCUCCAUCUACCUGAGGUGGAAGAUGAGAAGGAGGAUGAAGGGCAGGGGAAGGCAUUUUACUGCUGUCUCCCUGUGCUGCCCACCUCAGAGACGCCCAAUCAAAGCCGCUGUCUCCUUUGGCUCGCCAAUCAAACAGUUUUGACUGCAACAGCAAAGGAAAAGCUGCCAUGGAAACGGACAGAGAAAGAUGAGUGGCGGUGUUGGUUCAGGGUGAUCUGGCUGGUUCUAUUGUGUGUGGUGAUGCUGACUAUUAUCAUGAUUGUGCUUGGGCAAAUCUACUUCAGGGGACACUCAUGCCAAACGCUGAAGAUGCAGCCUGGUGGUAACAACGUCACGCGCCACCAGCUGAACGAUGCUGAACAGCACAGAGAGAUCAUCUUUCCCAAAGGGACAGCCCUUCACUCCAUUAGGUCCCAAUCUCAGCCAGGACUGACACCAAUUAAAGAAGUUGACAUUCAAGAUGACAUAGAAACUCUGCUGGAUGGAAAUGUUGACCACUGCUAUACAGCAAAUCUGCAUCACCGUGUCCAUCCCUUCACAUCCUCCCUCACAGAGGAGCAGGCCUGGUGAUCCAGGAGCAGCCAGAGCAGCACACAAAUGGAUCUAAAGUGCACUGGGUUGAAAUAAAAAUGACUGCUUCAAUUACC